CCUUUUUAUAUGUCCCCUCAACUUUGUUAAGACAAUUCUCUACCGACCCCUUUUUUCCAUUUCCCCAAACAGUACUACCAUGAAAUUUUUCUUCGCCUUCAUGCUUAUUUUCUCUCUUGCUUUCUUUCUCAUUUUCAUUUCCAUCUUACAACCCCAGCAUCUGUAUGGAACCGAGUACGAUGUCCGAGUAAUCAAUGGCUUUUCGGACAAUUCCUCUCUUCCUCUUGUAAUCUGGUGUACUUCUGACGAAAGUGAUCUUGGUGGACGAGCUCUGCAAGAACGGGACGAUUUCAGCUGGAGACUGAGGACAAAUUUCUGGGGCACAACACAUUUCAUAUGCACCAUGAAAUGGGAUCGAAGAAGGAAGAGCUUUGAAGCAUUCAAAGUGCCGAGAGAUAUCCAUCGUUGUAGUCCUUUAAGAAAGUGUUCUUGGUUGGUCACAGAGGAGGGGUUUUAUUUUAGCAACGAUGAAGUAAAUUGGAAAAAGGACUUCUCUUGGUCAUAGCUUUUUGCAAAUUAAAACAAAAAUUUUAUAUAUAUAUAUAUAUAUAUAUAUAUAUAUGUAAUAUAUGUAUGUGCAUGGAGUUCAUGUUCAUACAUAUUAUAGGAGGGUGUCAAAAAAGGGCAAGAAUUUGUAUUUUUGUUUCAAUUUCCUCUUCCUGUUAUGUUUUUUAAACUAUGUGAAAUUUUGGUGUAAGAAAAAAAAAUUGGGUUAAAAUGUCCUGGCAGAAUAUAUAUAUAUAUAUAUAUAGACGAGUGAAGUUGAUUGGUGAUGAGCUACACUCAUACUAUGGGCUUUGGGGUCUCGGAAUCAUAUGCCAUUUUCUCUUUAGUCUAGAAAACAUUAGCUACCAUUAAAUGAUGUGCCACACUGGUACAGGAAAAUGACCAAUAAAUAAAAAAAUGAAAAAAGAACUACUCCUUUUAUUGGCAAAUU